GUUUUGCCUUUCUCGUCUUAUUUCUUUCGGCUUCGUUCCUUCGCAGGAGUGUAAAGUUUUGUACGAGUUCUACUUCGUUCGUGGCUGUUCGACUUCGCUCCUUCGACGACGAGCGGAAGUUACGACAUUUUUUGAUCGGAAACAACUGGAGCUCGCUUGCUGUGAAGCUUUUAUGUCAGGAUCAGACAUCAGCAUCCAGGAGUUUCAUAAGAUUUAGCUAGAAGUUUUGAUUUUGGGAUCUUCAACUAUUUUAUUAUGUCAGAGGAGGAAGCAGUACGAUCCAGAGAGCAGCAAGGUGAGGAAGAAAUUGGAGGAAAUCAAAGAGUUUAUGAUCACGAGGAGAUGGAAAUAGAUAUUGAAACAGAGAAAUCAAGGGAAAUGAGAAAGCCUGAUACUAAGCAGGGAAAGAAAGAAAGGCGGGAAGAAAAGGACUAUGGAGGUAAGGAUAAGGAGAGGUCAAAGCAAAGGGAAAAAGAGGAUAUUUCUGCUAGGAACACCGACAAACAUGGUUCAAGGGAACGGUUGGGCAUUAGUAGAGGAAAAAGGAAGGAAGAUCAGGAGGAUUAUGGUAAGAAGAUGGAGGAGCUUGAGCUGGACAAAGAGAAAGUUAGGGACAAGAUUCGGGAGAGGGAUUAUGAUCAAAUAAUGCAUCGAGAGGAUAGAGAAAAUGAAAGAGCAAAAUAUAAAGGGAAGGAACAUGAGAAGGGAAAAGAUAUCGAUCAUAACAAAGAGAAGAGCAUUGAUAGGGAGUGUGAGCUAGGCCGAGGUCAUGGAAAGGAUAGAGGAAGGGAGGGAAAAUUUAAAGAAAAGGAACGUGACAGAGACAAAGAUAUAGGUCGUAGUAGAGAGCGAAGCAUUGAUAGGGAGCAUGAUCAAAGUCGAGAUCAUUUGAAGGAUAGGUCAAGGGAGGGUGAGAAGGAAAAAGAGGUUGAGAGGGAUAGAGGAUUUCAUCGUGAGCGUGAGCACAAGAAAGAGAGGGAAAGGUUACAUGAUUAUCAUAAGGAUCGAGGCAAAAAUUGUGAAAGUGAUAAAGAUAAAGAACAUGAUAAGAGUAAAAUUCGUGAUAGGGAUCAUGACAAGGAUAUUGGUAAAGAGUUCGAAAGAGAUAGAGUGAGAGAGAAAGAUCGUGUACGGGGAAAGGAAAAAGACAAGGAUCGUUACAGGUCAAAAGAUAGAGAAAGGGAAAAAUUAAAAGAUCGAGAAAAGGAAAUAGUUAGUGACAAAUUAGGAGAGAGGGGUAAGCUUGAAAAGGACAAGGCCAAGAAAAAGAAUAGAGAGAUGGAAGUGGAUAUGACAGUAGACCAUGAUAGAUCAAAAAGAAGAGAUGAACAGAGGGAUGUUAUUAUAGAUAAAGAGGUUGAGGUGGAAGAAAACCUUCUUGCCAAAAAAAUGGUAGAGAUUCAUGAAAUUGGCGAUGCUUCAAACAAUAUUUCUCUUGAUGAUCCUAGUGUGAAGGCGGUGGGUUCACAAACUUCCUCUGAGCUUAAGGAGCGUAUAAAAAAGUUGAAAGAAGAGAGAAUAAAUGGAAAUUCUGAAUCUGUGCUUCCCCGAAAAGAGUUUCUCGAGGAGGAUUCUGGGAUUCUCAUGUGGGUCAGUAGAAGUCGGAAGCUUGAGGAAAAGAGGAAUGCUGAAAAAGAGAAGGCUAUAGCUCUUUCAAGGAUGCUGGAUGAACAGGAUAAAAUUCUAGAGGAAGCUGAAGAUGAAGAGCCAGAUGAGGACGGUUGCAAGGAUUUAGCUGGAGUGAAAGUUCUUCAUGGCCUUGAUAAAGUGAUGGAAGGUGGUGCUGUUGUUCUUACUUUGAAGGAUCAGAAUAUUCUUGCAGAUGGUGACAUUAAUGAAGAGGUUGAUAUGCUUGAGAGUGUGGAGAUUGGUGAGCAGAAGCGUAGAAAUGAGGCUUAUAGGGCUGCCAAAGGGAAAACUGGGAAAUAUGAUGAUAAAUUCACUGAAGACCAGGUUUCUAGGAAGACAAUACUUUCACAAUAUGAUGAUCCAGUUGAUGAUGAGGAAGUAACAUUAGAUGAAAGUGGGCGCUUUACUGGUGAAGCAGAGAAGCAAUUGGCUGAAUUACGCAAAAGGAUAGAAGGAAACAGUUUGAAAAAGGAUUAUGAAGACCUAUCUUCAUCAGUGAAAAUUCAGUCAGAUUAUUUCACUAUUGACGAAAUGCUUCAAUUUAAGAAACCAAAGAAAAAAAAAUCUCUAAGGAAGAAAGAAAGGUUGGAUUUGGAUGCCCUUGAAGCAGAAGCUCGAGCUGCCGGGUUAGGCCUUGGUGACCUUGGUACAAGGGGUGAUAUGAAGCGACUGUCUACUAGAGAGGAGGAGGAGAAAAGCAUGGCUGAAGCAAGGAGCAAUGCUUACCAAGCAGCAUUAGCUAAAGCUGAGGAGGCUUCUAAAUUUCUACGUGAGGGGCAGUCUUUGACUUCCAAACCAACUGAUAAUGACAACCUUGUUUUUGGAGAAGACUUUGAAGACCUCCAGAAAUCUCUUGAACAAGCUAGAAAACUUGCCCUAAAGAAACAGGAUGAAGUAGCGUCUUCUGGUCCUCAGGCAGUGGCCCUUUUAGCUACAGCUCAUAGAGAGCUAGAUGUUGCUCAAGAUUCUGCUGGAGGAGACAUUCAAGAGAACAAAGUUGUGAUCACAGAGAUGGAGGAAUUUGUGUUGGGUUUACAAAUUAAUGAAGAAACAAAUAAUUCGGAAUCUGAAGAUGUUUUUAAGGAUGAAGAGGAUGUUCCCAUGUCAAUUGAUCAAGAAACAAAAACAGAAAUUGGUGGCUGGAUAGAAGCAAAAGAAAUCGAAAUGAAUGAACUGUCCAUUUCCGGAGAGAAUGUAAAUAUUACUCCAGAUGAGAUUAUCCAUGAGACUGCAGUUGGAAAAGGAUUAGCGGGUGCACUUAAGUUACUUAAAGACCGUGGGACAUUGAAGGACAGCAUUGAUUGGGGAGGUAGAAAUAUGGAUAAAAAGAAAAGUAAAUUGGCUGGCAUCUAUACUAAUGACGGGUCAAAGGAAAUUCGCAUUGAAAGGACUGAUGAGUUUGGUCGAAUAAUGACGCCAAAGGAAGCAUUCAGGAUGCUUUCCCACAAGUUUCAUGGUAAAGGCCCGGGAAAGACGAAGAUAGAAAAGCGUAUGAAGCAAUAUCUGGAAGAUUUAAAGACAAAACAAAUGAAAGCUUCUGACACACCAUUAUUAGCAAUGGAAAAAAUGAGAGAAGCUCAAGCUAGACUGAAGUCGCCUUACCUUGUACUCAGUGGUCAUGUAAAGCCAGGCCAAACCAGUGAUCCAAGAAGUGGUUUUGCUACAGUGGAGAAAGACAAUCCGGGGAGCUUGACUCCAAUGCUUGGGGACAAAAAGGUUGAGCAUUUCCUUGGUAUAAGGAGCAAGCCUGACUCUGACAUGGGCCCUCCACCACCAAAGAAACCAAAGAUAUAAAUCCUUAGACUACUGAAGCAAUUCCCUGCAGCAAGAGCAUUUGAUGUAGCUGUCUCAAACAUAAUAUCUCGGCUAGUUGGUGCAUGCUAUCUAAUACAGGUUCCGUUCUGACUUACCAUUUUGAAGCACAAGAGGCAAAUUUGUUAUGCUUGCUAGUUUGAAGCCAAUAUUGCCUAUUUAUUUACGAUGUGGUCAGAUUCCUUGUCAAAAAGUUCCUGUAGCUUUUGUUCCUGGGGAGGAUUGGCAAUUAUCAGGCGAAAGUUCAUAUUCUCUAACGCUCUCAACUUAUUAUAGCAGCUGCAGCACCAUUAUCACUGUGCUAUUUUCUUUUUUUAUUGUUUAUUUCUAUGAUGAUUUGCUUUUUUACUCCAGGGAAUAGUUAUUGUAAUUGUAUGGCUUGAGGAUUGUGUGGGCAAUACGCACGUCAACAUGAUAUUUUGAUGGAUGAUAACAUGUAAUUAAUGUUUUGAUGAUAAAAAUGUGAUCUGCUUGUGAGGAGAUUGAUUAGCUUAA